AUGGCAAGAACCAAGCAGACCGCUCGUAAGUCUACCGGUGGAAAGGCGCCCAGGAAGCAGCUCGCUACCAAGGCUGCCCGAAAGAGCGCUCCCGCUACCGGCGGCGUGAAGAAGCCUCACCGCUACAGACCCGGCACUGUGGCUCUGAGAGAGAUCCGCCGCUAUCAGAAAUCCACCGAGCUGCUGAUCCGCAAGCUGCCCUUCCAGCGGCUGGUCAGAGAAAUCGCUCAGGAUUUCAAGACUGAUCUGCGCUUCCAGAGCUCCGCUGUCAUGGCGCUGCAAGAGGCUAGCGAGGCUUACCUGGUCGGGCUCUUUGAGGACACCAACCUGUGUGCCAUUCACGCCAAGAGAGUCACCAUCAUGCCCAAAGACAUCCAGCUGGCCCGCCGCAUCCGCGGAGAACGCGCUUAAACUGCAAAACCCUUAAAACACAGUGAAACCCAAAGGCUCUUUUCAGAGCCACUCACUCCUCUGAAGGUGCUUCUUCACCACUACCUACUUUACCUGUGAGGUGCUUUUUUCUCACUAUAUCUAUCAAAAUUAGGUGUGUGCGAACUGUAUUCGUGAAAGGAUCAUUCAUUAGGACACAUUCACAUAAAUUUGUGUCAUUUACAAAAUAAUGCGGGUAGAAAUUAAUAUUGUGACGUCACUGGCUUUGAUUCUUAUCCUAUGUGCAGAAAUCAAGGUGUUGACUUAUCAACACUGCUAGUGAAAUGUAAAUAUUUUGAAUCGAACAAAGAUCGCUGAAAGAUAUUUCUUCAUAUAAUGCGCAAUUUAUUUUAUGAUAACGGUGGGACUGGUGCAAACAUGAAAGAGCAGUCAUUAAUGGGGUUAUUUAAAACCAAUCCUAACAAUAGUGCGCGUUCGUAGUUGACUCACACAGUUAAAGUAACAGAUUUAGCGUUGGUGAAACUAAGAAUCCCAGUCGAGUGUUUUGUGUCUGAGGCGCCAAUCGUCAUCGCAAAGUGCUCCGUGAUAACAUCCAGGGCUGACACAGGGAUACAUUUUUUUGCCUUCCUCAAUGUUUGGCUGUAAAGGUAACAGCGCCCCCAGUGUUGAGUAUUGCCUAUAUUUACGACAAUAGUGAAAGGACUCGUUCUGUAAUGUUUAGUUGAAGGUAUAGCUUUGAAUACUGGUAACAUUGUACUAGGCAUUAAUGUAAAAUGGAUAAAUUAUAAAAAACUGAUUAGAAAAAUAAUUUUGGUAGACAUUAUUGUAAAGUUCGUAUGUUAUAA